AUGAAAUUCGUUAUCGUUUUUGUUACUCUCUUCGCUAUUGGCUUGGCUCGUCCUGAUGUUCAGACUGUUCGAAAUGAUGCUGAAGUUUUACCGGAGAGCUUUCACUUUGGUGUAGAAACCAACGACGGCACCAGACACGACGCCGAAGGCCAUUUAAAGGUAUUGGAUAAAGAACACGCUACCCUAGUUGUGAAAGGUUCCUAUCAGUUUGUCGCCAAGGACGGUCACACUUACACUGUCGACUAUGUUGCCGAUGAAAAUGGUUACCAAGCACAGGGUGCUCAUUUACCUCACGUUUAA